AUGGAAGUAAGAAACCAAACAACAGUGACAGAGUUCAUUUUUCUUGGGUUUUCUGGUGUUCUCUAUCUGUGGCUCACCUUGUUUGUGAUAUUUCUCACUGUGUAUCUGCUCUCCCUCAUGGGAAAUACCCUCAUCAUCUUCAUUGUUCUCAUGGAUAUCACACUCCAAACACCCAUGUACAUUUUCUUAGGAAAUUUGUCACUCCUGGAGAUCUGGUACACCACAGCCACAGUGCCUAAAUUGCUGGCCACCUGCCUCUCACAGGUUGUUAUCAUCUCUAUUUCUGGCUGUAUAACCCAGUACUACUUCUUUUUCUCCAUGGGAGCUACAGAGUGCAUCCUGCUGGCAGUGAUGGCCUAUGACCGGUACCUUGCCAUCUGUAGCCCUUUAAGGUAUUCACUUCUCAUGAGUCUUCAGCUGUGCCUGCGGUUUUCAGCUGGAUCUUGGAUUGGGGGCUUCAUUGCUCCUCUCCUACCAACCAUACUCAUCUCCCAUCUAAACUUUUGUGGUCCCCAGAAGAUCAACCAUUUCUUUUGUGACUCAGACCCCAUUUUUAAACUCUCCUGCUCAGAUACAUUUUUGGUGGAGGCUUUGGGCUAUACAUGUAGCUCUGUCGUGAUUCUAAGUUCUUGCCUUCUCACUAUGUCUUCGUAUGGACACAUUGUGGUCACAAUAAUCAGGCUGUCUUCCCGGGAGGCUCGGAAGAAAACUUUCUCCACCUGUGCCUCCCACCUCACUGUGGUCUCAAUCUAUUAUGGCACCAUUAUCUUUGCUUAUGUUCGCCCUCCAGACAAGUACAACUUCACUAUUGGUAAAGUGAUCUCAGUGUUCUACUGUGUGGUUACCCCUUUGGUAAACCCUCUCAUAUACACACUGCGAAACAAAGAUGUGAAGAAAGCUUUCAGAAAAGUUCUAGCAAGAAAAAGAUUGCUUUUGACUAGAAACCUGCAAAGGAUUUGA